AUGUAUCCUUCAAACACUUUCGUGCUUCUUAAUACCCCAAACCUAAUAAGAACUUCAAAACAAAUGUUAAAGCUCAAAGAGCGGGACAUGCCCGUGAUUCCUGGGACCAAGAUUGAAGGGGAGGAGCUUCAUGAUUUACGAUUGAUGCUCUCAGACCUACUCCACAGGAAAGGAGUCCAUUUCCCCGGUUCUCAACCCGUCUCGUUCGAAAGAAAUCAUAUCGAGGUAUUGAAAAAGCGAGACUACUUUGUUUGUGAGAAGUCAGAUGGAUUGAGGUGCUUGCUAUUCUUGGUGUAUGAUCCUGCGAAGGGUGAAGGUGUGUUUUUGAUAACCCGCGAGAAUGAAUUCUACUUCGUGCCAAAUAUUCAUUUUCCCCUAUUAGAGAACGAGGAAAAUGGACCCACCUACCACCACGGAACUGUUUUGGAUGGCGAGCUUGUCUUGGAGACAAAAAAUGUUCUGGAGCCAUAUCUCCGCUAUUGCAUAUUCGACGCGCUUGUAAUCAAUGACAAGGACAUUACCAACCGUCCAUUGCCAAAACGAUUAGGGUAUAUUACCGAACAGGUGAUGAAGCCAUUCGAUAAAUUUAAGGUGAAGCAUCCAGAGAUUGUUAAUUCACCUAAUUUUCCUUUUAAAGUGAGCUUCAAAAUUAUGAAAGCCUCCUACAAAGCAGGAGAUGUGCUUGCAAUGCAAGACAAUUUGUUUCAUGAGUCCGAUGGCCUCAUCUUUACAUGUGCGGAGACGCCUUACGUGUUCGGAACAGAUUCAACAUUGUUUAAAUGGAAGCCUGCGCAUGAGAACACAAUUGACUUCAAGAUGGAAAUGCAUUUUAGACAAUUUCAGGAUCCUGAAAUGGACCCGCAUGACCCAGAUUCGACGUACACUGAUUAUGAUAGCUUACCGGAAAAGAUCGAUUUACAUGUUUGGAACGGAGACAAGGCGUACUCAUAUUUCGCCGAGAUGGAUCUAGAAGAAGAAGAUUGGGAGCAACUCAAAGAGUUACAGGAGCCUUUACAAGGCCGUAUUGUAGAAUGCCGUAAAAAAGUGAAUAAGGCACCUUUUUGGGAAAUGCUCCGCUUCCGUGAUGACAAGACUAACGGAAACCAUGUAUCUAUCGUUAAAAAGAUUCUCCACAGUAUUGAGGAUGGUGUUGGAGAGAAAGAACUUUGUUCCGCGUGCCCAGAGAUGGAGAAGGCGUGGAAACAACGAGAGUACGACCGGAGACAUCGCGGAAAUCAGGCGCCUUCUUUGCCGGCGAAAAGGGUUCCAGAUUAUGAUCGGGAGCUGCACAAAAAGACUCACGCAGAGCAAAGGCCUCGUUCAGACAACACGAACAAUGCUGGUGCGCCGGAAGGCAGAGGUCACCAGAACAGAGGCAGACCUGAAAUUCAAUCGAAUUCAAAGCAACCGGAGAGUCGUAGCAAUAAUGAGCUGCGUGAAAAAGAAGUGUUUCAAGAUCUGAUGCCCGACUACGAAGAAGAAAGCGACCUGGAGUAG